AUGACUCUCUCGUCCUCACAAUUGCGACUAAUCUCUACUAUUGGUAUGGGAGUCUUGGUCGGCACCUCCUUAAUAGUUAUCAUUCCAGAAGGGAUUGAAACUGUGUACAGUGCAGGAUUGGGGGGGCACUCAGAUCUGCGACGUGGUCUACACAUACGAGAAAAUGGAAGUUUGAUGCGCUGGGCGCCGACGCCUGCGGUUGCCCACAGGGCGGAAGAUCAACUUGAUCGAUCGCUAGGAGCUGGAGAUACGGUCAUACCUGCAGUGAUCGAAAUUAAGAACGAAGCAACGCCAACCUCACCGACCGUGACCAGAGAAAACCCCCAUGGGAAAACAGAAGAGACAUCACCUAACCACCAAGACAAAGAGGAACAUCACGAAAACGACCCGCCGACGUUCUAUAUAGGGCUGUCUCUUAUAUUGGGAUUUGUCCUCAUGUUUCUCGUCGACAAGCUGCCAAGGCAUGCAUCCGAUAAUCUACAAUCAACUCCAACGCCUAGACAUAUAUCCCUUGAUAACCUAUCACGAGGUCUUCACUCAUCGUCGACUCUUUCCCUAGAAGACGGAGAAUCGGAAAGUUUUCUUCAGGCAAUUGCUCCUACUCCCAAACAAAGUCGCAGUUUGGCUACUACAACUGGCCUCGUGAUCCAUGCAGCGGCAGAUGGAGUUGCUAUGGGGGCUUCGGCGUCAUCAGCGAGGACCAGCCUUGGAUUUAUCGUUUUCAUUGCGAUUCUCGUACAUAAGGCACCUGCUGCCUUCGGCCUCACAUCUGUCCUGUUGAAGCAGGGACUUUCAAAACGUGCCGCACGUGGCCAUCUGAUCAUCUUCAGCUUGGCAUCGCCAGUUGGCGCACUUAGUACUUGGUUGCUGGUUAACCUCCUAGGAGGUGGACAGCUUACUGGAGAAAAGGGUCAAUGGUGGACUGGAAUGUUGUUAUUGUUUUCUGCAGGCACAUUUCUAUACGUUGCAAUGCAUGCCAUGCAAGAAGAUUCGGCGCACGAGUCGUCGAGCGCUAACGGAUAUGGUGAAAGCAACGGGCUGCAGAGGAAGCAGGCCAAACCCCAAAUGAAGGAUACGCUUGCUGCUGUGGGUGGGAUGUUGAUUCCCCUUCUUACACAACUUGGCCACCACCAUUGA